ACACACCCCGCCUUCGGAGCAGAUAGGGAACCCUGGAUAAUGGAAAGAUCGAAGCUUCCAAUUGGGAAAUGGUGAGCUCACGAUAGGCUGAUUUUUAUUUAGCAUAGCACUAUCUUGGGGGAGGUGCCCAGCUCUUUCUUAUUAGAAUACUCCGCCGGUGAGAAAGAAGGUGCAAGCGACAAGAGGAGCCGACUUCGCUUUUAGUCUCUAAAGAAAGUCGCCGUGAAUUUUUAAUCAAUUUAACUUCAUUCAAUUCAAUACUCAAUCAAUUCCAUUAUGGCGAUAUAGACGCAAUUUUUUCAUUCUGGUACAAUAUUUCCCAACGGCGAUCAAUCUCAGACAUUAUAGCGCCACAAUAUUAGAAAAGACGAUCCUCAUAUUUACAUCAAAAGAUACGAACCAAUUAACGACGACCCAUGACCAUGGCUCUCUCCGCCCUUCGAGGCACAUCGCGUGCUCUUCGUCCCUUAUCGAAAUGGUCUACUCCAGCCACAGUUCAAUAUAUGACGAGAAGGACGCAAUCUUCUGUCGCCUCUGAUGUUCAACAACGUUUGCUCUCCGCCCAUCUUCACGAUGCCGACCCCGCCGUAUUUGACAUUAUCGAGAAGGAGAAAAAUAGGCAAAAGCACUUCAUUAACCUGAUCCCCUCCGAAAAUUUUACCUCACAAGCCGUUCUCGAUGCGCUAGGCAGUGUAAUGCAAAAUAAAUACUCAGAGGGUUAUCCGGGAGCAAGAUACUACGCAGGCAACGAAUUCAUCGACCAGUCCGAAAGAUUAUGUCAACAGAGAGCACUGGAGGCGUUUGGUCUUGACGAGAAGGAAUGGGGAGUCAACGUCCAGUCACUUUCCGGUGCUCCCGCAAACCUAUACGUUUAUUCCGCCCUACUAGAUACUCACGAUCGACUCAUGGGAUUAGAUCUCCCUCAUGGAGGUCACCUUUCCCAUGGCUACCAAACCCCGACGAAGAAGAUCUCAGCCGUAUCCAAGUACUUCGAAACAGUCCCUUACCGACUAAACGAAGAAACAGGCUUAAUCGACUACGAAAAGCUUGACGACCUUGCCCAAACCUACCGACCCAAGAUUAUCGUCGCCGGAGCCAGCGCUUACGGCCGAUUCAUCGACUACAAGGCGAUUAAGGCCACGUGCGAUAAAGUGAACGCAUACCUACUCGCCGACAUUGCGCAUAUCUCGGGUUUAAUCGCGGCUAAGGUCGUUCCCGGCCCCUUUGCGUUUGCCGAUAUCGUGACAACUACGAGCCACAAGAGUCUGCGCGGUCCUCGCGGUGCCAUGAUCUUCUACAGGAAAGGCGUAAGGAAGGUCAACCCUAAGACGAAGGAAGAGAUAUUAUAUAACCUCGAGAACCCCAUCAACCAGUCGGUUUUCCCUGGCCAUCAAGGUGGCCCUCAUAACCAUACCAUCACGGCACUAGCUGUGGCACUGAAACAGGCCCAAACGCCAGAAUUCCGAGCUUAUCAAGAGCAAGUUCUUGUGAACUCACAGGCUCUCGCGAACCGCCUAGGCGAAUCCAAGAGCAGUGGCGGACUUGGUUACAAGCUCGUGAGUGGCGGUACAGAUAACCACUUAGUCCUCGUAGACCUAAAGCCCCAGGGCGUCGACGGCGCUCGAGUCGAACGAGUCUUGGAGCUUGUUGGAGUAGCUAGCAACAAGAACACGGUACCCGGAGACAAGUCCGCAAUGAUACCGGGUGGUCUGCGCAUAGGCACGCCGGCUAUGACGACACGCGGCUUUAGCGAAAACGAUUUUGUUAGGGUUGCCGAUAUUAUCGAUCGCGCGGUAACAAUCGCGGCAAGAGUAGAUAAAGCAGCACGCAGCGCGGCUGAGGAAAAGGGCGAGAAAUACAAGCUCAAAUUCUUCUUCGACUUCCUUGGCACCGGCGAGGAAGACUCCGAAAUUGUGCAGCUACGCGCUGAGGUCUCGGACUGGGUGGGAACAUAUCCUCUUCCUUGGGAGGAGCGACAAUGACGUUGAGGUGCAUUUAUGAGGUUGUGACCGCGACGGGGCGGCACAACUUGGGAUAUUGAGGGUUGGGCUGGAAAAGGAGGUGGGUGUGGUACCUCGUCCGUCCAAUGCUUCUCCGUCUUGCCGCUGUUGGGCAUUUCCCCCUUGUCAACAAGCAAGGCGGGCGGCGUGGGUGGGCGACACGGGAGACGUGGGCAACUAAACACGUAUGGAAUGGCGUGGAUGCAAGAAGGGUAGCAUUGGGGAGUUUUCGGAUGGGUUCCGCAUACAGGAAAUAUAGAGGCGGGAAACCCUCAUGAUUUUUCGUGAUGGCCUCAUUUGCAUUAUUUCGGUUUCAACAACAAGCAUUUCAACAUUGCAGAUCUUGUCUGUAUUUUGUUCGGGGCGGUGCAUGCACGUCGUACGAAACGUCAGCGAGACAGGACGGACGGAUAUCUGGUUAUUGUUUUCUACUGGUGCUGGCUUGGCAAGGUAUAUUUCGGGAAUUAACUUACCUAGGUAGGUCGCCAAGUAACUAUGUAGCUAUGGAUUUACUUUUUUCGUAAGAACGAAUCAAAAAAGGAAUAAAUGCAUAACGAU